AGAAAUUUUAUCUGGAAAAAUUGUUUCGUUUGCACUUUUGCAAUUUUAAAACCCUCGAGGAACAUAAUGGCCGGAUCAGCGUUAAGGCGUUUGAUGGCUGAAUACAGGCAACUUACGCUUAACCCUCCGGAAGGGAUUAUUGCGGGUCCAAUCAGUGAGGAAAACUUUUUCGAAUGGGAAGCACUAAUUACCGGACCCGAAGGCACUUGCUUCGAAGGGGGUAUAUUCACAGCAAAAUUGAUUUUUCCACCUGAUUAUCCGCUUAGUCCACCGAAAAUGAAGUUCACGUGCGAAAUGUUCCAUCCUAAUAUUUUCACGGACGGACGAGUCUGCAUAUCGAUUUUACAUGCACCCGGAGAUGAUCCGUUAGGAUAUGAACUUUCUGCUGAACGUUGGAGUCCUGUACAGAGUGUGGAAAAGAUUCUACUGAGCGUUGUUAGUAUGUUGGCCGAGCCAAACGACGAAUCUGGUGCGAAUGUUGACGCAGCGAUAAUGUGGCGUGAAAAUAGGGAAGAGUUUAACAAAAUUGCCAAGCGUAUCGCCCGGAAAACCUUGGGUCUGUCGUCGUAAGAUCGUCUGUGCAGAAGCUUGCCGCUAUGGGAAAUCCUCCAACUGGUUGACGAGAAGCAAGAUUACGAUGGCACAGGGGAAGGGCGUGUUGGAAAUCGGACAAGAUUAAUAUCGUGAAUCGGGUGUAGUUGAUUUUUGGUUUGUUGUUUAUAAAAUAGCAAUGGAUAUGGAAGAAUUAAAGCAAUGUGUAAAAGCCUACGUGUACCAUUGAGCCGGGUAAAAUAGGUACACCCUAGUGUUGGUUUGUUCGGUUCUUUUUGUUUCUAGAAAAUUUAAUUUUGUUUUUGUGUACAGGAUGACAUCGUAUGUUCUCGCAAAUGGGCAACUUUUUACAGGCGACAUACAUAGUGGACCAAAGCUUUGUUCGCCCAACAUAAUCUUCAUUCCGUUGAACGCGUUUCCAUUAUUUUAAUGUGAUAAUAAACAAACAA